AAAUCACUCACCUUGUCUGGGAGGAUCAAAUGUGAGAGCGCGCUUCGCCAGCAGAAACAACGGGAUUAGAUCCAGUCAGGCGCCACCCUGCAGGAAGAGCGCUGCUUUCUCGGGCCGGAGGAGGACGCUGCCGAUGGGCUGCUGGUGGCGGAGGUUAAGUUUAUGUUAUGUUAGGCAAUUUUUUAAAGUCGAGGAUAUGUCCGGGGUGAAGGCGAAAGCUCAAGAAAAUAUUUAAAUCUGUGGAUCAUUUUGAAAUGUGGUGGUUUCAGCAAGGACUGAGUUUCUUCCCUUCUGCCCUGGUUAUUUGCUCGUCUGCUUCUUUAGUGUUUCCAUAUGUUAUUGGAGUUCUCUUACACCAUGUUGACCUUCUGGUACCCUAUAUCAGUGAUGCAGGGGCAAUGCCUCCAGAAAGAUGCUUGUUUGGAAUAAUGUUAUGCUUUGCUUCCCUCUUGGGUAUUGCCACCAUAUAUGUUCGGUACAAACAAGUCAGUGCUUUGAACCCUGAAGAACCCAAGAUGCUCAGACUAAAUAAGGCUGGCUUAGUGUUAGGAAUGGUUAGCUCUUCUGGGAUUUGCAUCGUUGCGAACUUCCAGAAAAACGCUGUAUAUUCAGUGCAUAUAUUUGGAGCUUUCCUCACAUUUGGAAUUGGAGUCUCAUAUAUUCUGGUUCAGACAAUUAUUUCCUAUAAGAUGCAACCACAAAUUCAUGGGAAGGAUAUUUUUUGGAUCAGAUUUACAAUACUGCUAUGGUGCACAGUAAGCAUGGCGAGUAUGGCUAUUUCUACAUUCAUUUUACUCAGAUUAAGUGGAAUAGAUUCCCUAUGGAGGCAGCAUUGGAAUCCCCAGGAGAAAGGAUACACUGUCCAUAUCAUUGCCACAGUUUCUGAAUGGUCUUUGGCUUUCACUUUUCUCAGUUUUUUUCUGACUUUCAUCCGUGACUUCCAGAAAAUCUCAUUGCACAUGGAAACAAAACUCUUUGGCCCUAAUCUUUAUCAUAUUCCAGAGCAGCUCCUGGAAGAUGACCAAGGAAUACUAAUCACAGGAAGCAUAUGAGAAGAAAACAGAAAAUGACAUGAAUUAGAACUCCUCUCAGAAAAAAGCUUUGGUUCACAUAUAGUGCUUCCAUUUUUAAUAUGCAGAAAUAAUGUCUAUUAGUUCCACUGGCAUCAGCCCAUAUACAGUAUAGGCUAUAUAUACAGUAAUGUGCAAAUGUUUUAGGCAGUUGUGCAAAAAUGCUGUAAAGAAUGCUUUUAGAAAUACAAAUGUUUAAUAGUUUAUUUUUAUCAGUUAACAGAAUGGAAAGUAAAUGAACAAAAGAGAAAUCCAAAUCAAAUCAAUAUUUGGGUGACCAUCCUUUGCCUUCAAAAUAGCAUCAAUUCUUACACUUGCACAAAGUCAAGGAUUUUGUAGAUUAGAGUCAGGUAUAUGAUUAACCAAUUAUACCAGUUGGGCUAAUGAACAUCAAUUUCAUAUGUAGAUUGAAACACAGUCGUUAACUGAAACAGGAACAGCUUAAAGGCUUAAAACUGGGUGAGGCACAGCCAAACUCUGCUAUUAAGGUGAGGUUAUAGAAGACAGUUUUAUAUCACAGAUCACAUACAAUGGCAAAACAGAACAUGAACCAGACAAAAGGCCUUGUUCCUUGCAUCCCAAGGUCUCUCCCAGGUAAAGAUUGCAGAGCAGACUGCAAAGCAAAAUGUGCUGUUCACGCUCUUUUGAAGCAGCACAAAAAAUAGGCAACACUGAGGCCCAUAGACAAAGUGGUCAGCCAAGGAAACUUAAUGCAGCAGAUGACAGACACAUCAUGCUCACUUCCCUUAAACAUUGGAAGAUGCCCAACAGUGCCAUCAGCACAGAACUGGCAGAAUCCAGUGGGACUCAGGUACACCGAUCUACUGUCCAGAGACAUCUGAUCAGAAGUCUUCAUGGAAAAAUUGUGGCCAAAAUGCCAUACCUCUGACAUGGAAACAAGGCUAAGUGACUCAACUAUGCACAAAAACAUUGGAACUGGGAUGUAGAAAAAUGGCAGCAGGUGCUUUGGAUUGAUGACAGGCAGUUUGUUCGCCGAAGGGCUGGAGAGCGUACAAUAAUGUCUGGAGGCAACAAUGAAGCAUGGUGGAGAUUCCUUACAAGUUUGGGGCUGCUUUUUUGCAAAUGGAGUUCAAGAUUUGGUCAGGAUCAAUGGUGUCCUCAAUGCUGAGAAAUACAGACAGAUACUUAUCCAUUAUACCAUCUGGGAGGCAUGUGAUUGGCCCCAAAUUUAUUCUGCAGCAGGACAGUGAGCCCAAACACAGCCAAUGUAAUUAACCAUCUGGGAGUGAUAGUUUGGCCCCCACAGAGACCUGAUCUCAACAUCAUCACUUCUGUUUGGGAUUACAUGAAAAGACAGAAGGAUUUGGGGCAACCUAUAUCCACAGAAGAUCUGUGGUUCUCCAACAUGUUUGGAACAACUUUGAAGGAACCUUGCCAAGUUCUUCAAAAACUGUGUGCAAGUGUACCUAGAAGAAUUGAUGCUAUAUUGAAGGCAAAGGGUGGUCACCCCAAAUAUUGAUUUGAUUUGGAUUUCUCUUCUGUUCACUUCCCAUUUUGUUAAUUGAUAAAAAUAAACUAUUAUAUUUAUUUUUUAAACAAAUUUUAUUGGUUUUUUAAUUAAUACAAAGUGCUCAAGACACACCGUGGUGCUGGGGUAAUCAAAAAUCCAAAAACAAAACAUACAUAAGUAAUUCAGUCAAUGCAUCAAAUUUCCCGCAAAUAGCUUAUAUAUUUAAACUAGUCUAUUUCUACCAUAAAUUUCUAUUAAUCUUAAACCUGUUUUAAAUCUUUAUGCAAUUACAAGACCAUAAUCAAAUUUAACUUCAAAUACAUUAUCAGUUCAGGUAUGUCUUCUAAAUAUGUCCUAAUUCUUUAAUUUCAUCAUGGAUCUUAUUUAUUUCUUCUUCCACAAAUCUCUCCCAGUUAAAAUAAACAAUCUAUCCUAUAUCUAAUCCAUCAAUCCAUCAAUUUUUUUGUUAAAAAAUAAUAACAACCUUAAAUCAUUUGAGUCCCUUAGACAAGGAUCUAUUUUCAUCCAUUUAAUUAUCAAACCUAAUAUCAUCCAUAUUAUCAAAGAGAACACAUCAUCUUAUUAAAAUCACAUUCAAUUAACUAUUAAUUCAAUCCCAAUCUAAAACAUCUCUUCAUUUUCCUUCAUUCCAUUAUAUAGUAAUUUUCAUACAUUAAUCGCCCAUUUUUUUUCUUAUUUCUAUUCAAAAACCUAAUCUUUAACUCAGUCCAUAGUUCUAAAAUGCCUUAUAUCCAAUAUAUAUAAUUUUAAAUUUCUCCUUUCAGUCUUAUUCUAGGCUUUAUUUUCUGCCAAGCAGGUUUUCACAACAACGUUUCCCUUCCAACCGGUAAAUCUCUCUUUGUUAUUCUUAAAGCCUCGCUGCAUGGUUCAAAUCUCCAUCUUUGUUUUUUUUUUGGUCCUUGCAAAUAUAGAUAAAAUGCUUGUAGGAUGAAAUAAGUUCCUCUGUAUCCUCAAUUAAGUCAUCUUUUAGUGUAUUUUGAUUUGUAGAGUAGUCAGGCAUAAUCUGAAAAUCACUUUUAAAGUUUGAAGCAGAAUCUCUGAUUCUUAGUUCUGUGGUGAUCUCUUUCAUUGUAACAAAUUCCUCUUUAAUUUCCUUUAUUUCCUCUUCUGGUAUAUUUUGGUUUAUAGCAUAAACAGAUGUAAUCUGAAGAUCAGUUUGAAAGUUUGGGGUAGCAUCAACUCUUCAUUCUGUAGUAAUCCUUUUCCUUAUAGCACAUAUUUCUUCAGAUACCUCAUAAAUCUUUUCCAGUAUAAGCUUGCAAUGUAAAUGAGAGUAGAGUUUCUCCAUUUUAAAAGUAAUCAAAGAAAGUCUUUUCAUUAUUAUUACUACUACUACUACUACUACUACUACUACUACUACUACUACUACUACUACUACUAUUUAAUGAAGGCUAUAAUUAAACAGUAUCCACCCACUCAGUUCCCACUGCACCAGCUUAUCUGUUCCAGGAAUAUUUUGAAGGUCAGGUUUCAAUCCAAAAAAUAGUUGCAAUAUUAGCUUUUCACCACUAGAUGUCCUCAGUAAAUAAAAAAGAAACUUCCAGACACCAUUUUCCCCCUUUUUUUCUCUUUUAAAGGAAAGAGUGGAGAAAGAAAUAUUCUUCCAAUGUUAGCUCUUAAUAAAAUUCAAAAAAGCGUUGUUGUUUUUUUUUCUGUAUCCCAAAAUGAGUAAAAAUAAAUUAUAGUCUUUAACAAGUUUUUAUUCUCAACGCCUCUCUUCCCACACAUACAAAAGCCGCCCUUUCCAAAUGGGGAAAUAAUUCCAACCCAAGUUUUUUCAGGGAAAAAAAAAACAAGUAAGGGAAAGAGAGGGGCUAAAGGGGCCUCACCCGGAUCCUCCACGGUGGGUCUAAUAUCGCUUAGCUGUAAUUAUGACUUUAGCUGGUGCAGCAGGAUGAUCGGCCAUCUUGCAGGACCUAAGGAAAUAACUGGAGCUGCAGGAGAAGCUGCUGCUCUCCCGCAGCCACCAGCAAGCCUCCUUCUCGGUGGUUGCCCCUCCAGGGCAACUUUUGACCCACUGGGGGGUUUACCGACGCAGAAAACCCAGCCGGGCUGGAGACAAGUCUCCAGACACGACUGGUGUCGCCAUGUACCGGAACCGGAAGUCUACUAUUACUUAUAUUUCUGAAAGCAUUCCUAAUUUGCAGCAUUUUUGCUCAACUGCCGAAAACUUCUGCACAGUACCGUAGGAUUUUUAAAUACUGUAUAUGCUUAUAUAACAUUCAAUGCAAUAUAUAAAAAUGUCAUUUUAUAUGAAAAUACUACUAUUAAUGAAGGAUUUUUACUGACUUUUGCCAAUUGUUUAUAUAAAAAGUUUUUAAGUUUUUCACAAAACAUUGUAAUGUAUAAUAUAAAAUAAUAAUGGUUAUAUGGUAUUAUAUAUGCUUACAGAUUUUUAUAAGCUGAAUAAAAAUUUUGCAGAUUAAA